AUGGGAGAUAUACGCGCGGGAUUAGAGGAAUUGAAACUCGACGUCGCUUUGUUUGCCGACGUUAAAUUUUAUAUCACUGGACGUGCCGAUCCCAAGGUGCUGUCCCUGCUGCACAAAGGGAGCGCCGAGCGCUCAAAUUAUUUCAGCGACUUUGUGACGCACUUAAUAGCCGGGGAAGAACCAGCAGAGAGCGAGCUCUUUGAAGCCAAAGACAUCUACGAGAUCCCAGCUGUAACCCAAGACUGGGUCUUGCAGUCCGCAAAAUGCAAGCAACUGCUUCCAACCCAUUACUUUUCCGCCCAGGAGAACCAGCUCUUCUCCUCGAUCCGGAUCAGCACCACCUGCCUGUCUUCCCGGGACAUAGAGUCCAUCUGGGCGAUGGUGACCCUCCAGGGUGGCCACUUCCUCCCCCGACUAGACAGGACCAUCACCCAUCUAGUAGCUGGCAAAGCAUCUGGUUCCAAGUACGAAGCUGCUAAUUCAAGAGGGAUCAAGAUUGUCACCCCUGAUUGGGUCACCGAGUGCUGCAGAACUCGAAGCCUGGUUGAUGAAUCCGAGUACCACCCCCGGCUCAUGGUGUACCCGGCCCCCAGUUCGAUCAGUCUGAUCACUGGGUUCAUUGAUCAGGAUCAGGAAGAUCCGGAAGACAAGACUCUGGAUGAUGUUCUUAAGACCAGGUUGCCGUGGGAGAAUUAUGGAAUGCCCGUUCAAGUUCAGCAAGUUCUUCAGCAGGUUCAGGUUCAACCCACUUCUCCAGAAUCACCGCAGUAUCAACGGCCUGUCUCUACUAGCAGCUUGACUUACAAUUCACAAAAUUGGACCCCUAUGAAACCUGUUCAGCCUGUUUCGGAACAAUCAGUUCAAUUGCAAGGCUUUAAUCAACAUGUUAUCGUUCAACAGCAACAACCCAUUCCGGUUGGACAUCAACAAAUUCCUCAAAAUCAAAUUAAUUUACAACAAUCUGUUAAUCAACAGUCGGUAAAUCAACAGCCGAUAAGUCAGCAGUCAAUUAAUCAACAGCCAAUAAGCCAGCAACAACAACAACCAGUUAAUCAACAACAACAGCAGCAACAACAAUUGAUCAAUCAGCAGUCGAUAAGUCAACAGUCGAUAAGUCAACAGUCGAUAAGUCAACAGUCGAUAAAUCAACAGCCGAUAAGUCAGCAACAACAACCAGUUAAUCAACAACAGCCACAGCAAUUGAUUAAUCAACAAGCGAUAAACCAACAGUCGAUAAGUCAACAACAACAACAACAACAACAACAACAACAACAUCAACAACAGCAGCAGUCAGUUAAUCCACAACAACAACAACAAUUAAUAAGUCAACAGCAACAAUUGAUUGACCAACAACAGCAACAACAGUCAAUUAACCAACAACCACUCAAUCAACAACAACAAUUGAUGAAUCAACAGCAGCUUCAACAACAACAACAACAACAACAACAACAACAACAACAACAACAACAACAACAACAGUUGAUAAAUCAGCAGUCAAUAACUCAGCCACAACAGCAGCAGUCGAUAAGUCCGCAACAAUCAUUAAAUCAACAGCAACAAGCGAUAAUUCAACAGCAACAAUCGAUAAGUCCUCAACAAUCCUUAAAUCAGCAACAAACAAUUAUCCAGCAAACAAUAACCCAACAACAAUCUAUAAGUCCUCAACAGCAAACAAUGAUCCAGCAGUCAAUCGCCCAACAACAACAACAGCAACAACAGCAGCAGCAGCCGAUAAAUCAACAACAGCAAAUGGGACCGCCGCAGAUCAACAUUCAGCAUAUCCAACAGCAGAUGAUCCAGCAACCAAUCCAUCAACCAUUGCAGCAGCAGCAACUAACCCCAGAACAGCGUCAACAAUUCUUACUGAUCCAGCAGCAGCAGCAACAGCAGCAGAAGAUCCAACAGAUAUCUCAGCAACUUCAGCAGUCAGCUCCGCAGACCCAAUUCAUUGUCCGGGAAGCUCCAAUACAAGGCCAGCCGCAAAACCAGAGUUUUGUGGUUAAUAGAGAAGCUUGGCAGCAGCAGCAACAGCAGCAACAACAGCAACAGCAGCAGCAGUACCACCUCCAGCUCCAAAGGCAGCAACUGGGCCAGCAGAGACCAGCGGGUUGGGUCCAGCCCCAGCAGCACCUAAGGCAGUUGAUCCACCUGGACGCCCAGACGCACCAGAAGCUACAACAGAUGGACCCGCAGCAGAGAGCCCAGGUGAUCCAGAAGAUCCAGAAGUCCAGGAAUUUGAUUCUCCAGCAGCAGCAGCAGAUGAACCGGCAAGCACAUCCGGCGAUCAUCAGGACGGCCCAACCGGUCCAGUGGGUCCAGCGUGGGCAGAUCGUUAACCAGAAGCCGAUGCCAGUUCAGCCGCCAGCUUUAGCUCCGAUAAACUCGAACCAGGUGAUCCAGGUCCAGGCCCAGACUCCACCAGCCCAGAACUUCCAAGGACAGUUGACCCCCCAGCAGAUGGCCCACUUGCAGAUGCAGAAGCAGCAGAUGGCCAGGCUGCAGCAGAUACAUCUCCAACAGCAGCAGCAACAGCAGCAACAACAACAACAACAACAACAACAACAACAACAACAGCAGCAGGAGAUUCCGCUGGCGGUUCCAGCAGCUCAGAUGCCAGCCGAACAGCUGGUGGUCAAUGCGAAGACCAAGACUGCAUUGGCCAACAUGCUGACCAACAGGCUCCAUGGUGGAGCUGCUGAAGGAAGUGCUGCUGGACAACUCAGGCUAAUGACUGCCCAACAUCGGGCGCCACCUCCUCCGUCCCAGGACCCGGCUCUGCUGGCUGCUUACCAGAGGAGGACAUUAGGGAACAUCACCAACGGAGCUGCUGCUGGGAUCAAGAUGUACACUCAGCAGGUUCAGCAACCCAAGGCCCAGUUCUACGGACACAAUCCUAAUCUGAAGCUUCCGCCGGAUCUCUGUCUUCUGGGUUGCAUUUUUGUGAUAGCGGAGUAUGAUACCCAGUUUCCUGCUUUGGAAGUCGCUAAUUGGAAGCAAGUUAUCGAGCGCCAUGGUGGAGAAGUUGAACCAGACUACUGCGUACGUGCGACACAUGUUCUUGCGAUUACUCAGAAGCAUCCUACUGUGGUUCAAGCGCUCAGGGAUGGAAAGCGAUGUGUCAAUGCUCAUUGGCUUUCUGAUGUCGUUUCCAAGCAGCAUGUGCUGCCCCCUUGGCAUGCUAUUCAUUUUCCGGUGCCCUAUGAGAUUGGGGAGAAACCGCUUAGUCAGCAUAAUGUGUCGUUUUCGGGAUUUGAGGGGGAGGAACGCGCCAAGGUCAAGGCUAUGUUGGAGCUUUUACAGCCAGAGGGACCCAAAUACAAAAAAGCUAAAGAAUGGGCAAUACCUUGCGUAAACGUCCAGUGGCUAAUAGAUGUUGUCUGCGGGCAGGCUGCCCACCAUCAACUGGAACAGCCCAAGUACCAGCAGUUCAACGCGACUCAUCCUUUCAGAUUAGACUACUCACUGGUUCCCCAUCUUAUGACCGCCUGGAAAAUGCCGAUCAACAUCACCCAGGAGUCUUACGACAAGGUAAAAGCAGUGGGUCAGGGACCUAACGCGAGGCGGAAUAAGAAGCCCAGGUUGGAUCUGACUCUGAGCAAGGACCCGCAGUUAUUGGGGCUAGAAGAGGCGAUUGUGGUGACCAAUCCAGAUGCACCAAUUCCUGGGUCGGAAAUGCAGCCCAAGAUUCUGUUCAGUGGGACCAAUCCCCGGAAACACGCCAAGAGGAUCCGGGAGCUGGGUGGUACUUUAGCAGCCAGUUGGAGAGAUGCUACUCACCUGGUGAUGAACGCCCCCUACCGGACGGUAAAGUUUCUCUGCUGCUUAAGCAGGUGCAAGUAUGUUGUCAGUAUCCAGUGGCUGAUGGAGUGCUUCGCCAGGAAUACUUUUGUUGACGAGGCAGGUUAUGGGCUUGACAAUGAAGAUUUCGAGAGGAGUUUUAAUUGCAAUAUUCAAAAGGCACUCGCUAGUCCUAAUAGAGGAGAAGGUAAAAUUUUCUAUGUGACUCCAAGUGUUGUACCAGCACCCUCAGCAUUUGCAGAAAUAAUCGAAAGCGCGGGUGGAACCUAUGAAAAAACGCGACGCUCUCUAGCGCAAAUCCAAGAAAUAAAUGCCACUAAAGUUAACUACAUUAUUAUCACGCAGGCUAAUGACCUCCAUUUACUUAGUGAUGUUCUUCGUGCUAAUAUCGCCGUGUACAGUGCAGAAGUCGUCCUAGGUUCUGUAUGUCGUCAAUCUUUCCAACUGGAGACAUCACAAACCUGA